AUGGCCGCCGAAGUUCAAAGUACCGGACUCGCGACUCUCAGUGAAGCUUACUCGGUGAUUAUUCGGUCUCUCAGCAUCGAAAAUAAACUUCCACGGGUCGACAACAUCAUUGAAGUAGCUCGAGAACAUGCAAGGCCAUAUGAAGAAAGAAAUGAUAUGAGGAGGGCGACAGAAGUCUACCUGUGGCUGAUCAGGACAGCAAACCUUUUCCCUUCCGACACAGCGUUUGUUCAUAAAUCUAUGGCGGUGAUACUCGAGCAUCUAGGUCAGCUCAUGGAGUACAUCAAACUCUCAAGUCGACUGAAACCGGAAGCUCUUCGACGCAAGCAUUUCGAAGACGAAGUUAUGGCAGAAAUCAAUGCCUUACCGCAACAGAUCGAGAGUGAGCUGCAGCUGGACAAGGUAGAAAGUAGAAACACAUUUGUCCACUUGAUGAGGAUAUACCAUAAACAGGAUCGUCUUUGCAUAUUUCCUUCUCGGCUUAUCAGGAUUGCACAGCAGGAUCCUACCUUUCCUCAACGAAGGCGGCCGAUCCCAUACAGGUUUAUUAACGAGGAUGAAGAGCUUGCUGAAAUGGAGGCUGUAACUGGAUGGACAAAGCUGCAUUGGGACGCCGCUAAAGAUAACAGACAAUCACUUCGUCAUCAGAUGGAGAAAGAUUUUGACCCGGACACACGCGACCUUCUUGGGCAUACAGCACUCCAUCUAGCCUGCCAGGGGAGAUGGUCUCUAGUAGCAAUACUUCUUGCUAGAAACGGCGCGGAUAUUGAUGCCAGAGCCAGAAAUGGGUCAACGCCACUUCACUAUGCAGCCAAAGGUAGCCAUCUGUUGAUUACUAAGUUCUUUGUUACGUAUGGGGCGGAGGUUAAUGUAAAAGAUGCGGCAGGAAUGACACCAGCUAUGUGGGCCGCUCUCGAGGGAUGCAAGGAUGUUCUAAAGUGUCUGCUGAGGUAUUCGAAUCUGAACCUGAGAGAUAGUGGCGGCAGGGCAAUUCUUCAUCACGCAGUGCUAUCCGGAUGCUCUGGUAUUGUCGAUGUUUUUGAAUAA